AUGAAUCCCAAUGAUGAGCAAAACUAUAUAGUUAAUCUGAAGUUAAUGAAAAUUACUGGUUUCUAUCACCUGAUAAGUCCACGCGCUCCAAAGUAUUUUGGAUUCAACGUUUAUAAAGUUACAGCUGCAUUAGAAGUUAUGACUGGUUUAUUCUCAAUCACAAUGCUUUUUUUAAGCUCAUAUUAUUACCUGGAUAAUACUAAUGAACUAAUGAGUCACUUCAUGUUGGUUGUGGCAAUUUUUUUUUCAACUUUAAAAAUAUUUUGGGUAUCCAGGAAUUCAGAAACAAUUUGGAAUAAUAUGGAUAUGACUUGCAUCAAUUUCCUAUCGUACACAGGGCAUAAAAAAGAAAUACUUAAAAAAGCGCGAGCUAAAUCAAUGUCAACAACAAUCCUUUUCGUCAUACUUUGGUCUUCUGUGACCGUUGCUUGGUCUAUAUCACCAUUUUUUGUCAAAGACGUAUAUUUGGACGUUAAAUUCAAAGAUGAAACACGCCGAUUCCGCUAUAAUUCACUUAACUACGUGUAUCCAAUUAGUGAAGAAUUCUACAAUGAACAUUUUUUAUAUUUUUAUGUCGUUGAAAUGCUCUCAGUCAUAUUUUGGGGUCAUGGUACAGUGGCCUACGAUACUUUUGUGAUUUCAAUAUGUAUUACAAUUGCAUUCCAACUGAAAACAAUUGCUGUAUCCUACAUCAGUCUGAACGACAGAAAGGGUGAUAUAAAAAAUCUUAAAGAUAAUGAUUUAGAAGCCAUGUUUAAUUUAAAACUAUUAAUUCAAGACCAACAAAAUAUGUUCAAAAAAAUAAAAGAAAUAUAUAAAAUAUUUGAACCUGUGACAUUUGUUCAACUAGCCGCUCAAUCAAUGUUAAUUAUACUUCAAGCUUAUAUGAUAUUUAUAAACCAUUAUAAUGGUUAUUCUUUAUUAUCAGUUCCGAUAAUAAAACUGGUUGUAACCGUAGCACCAAAUAUAAUACAUUUAUUCAUCACGUGCUAUUUAUAUACCAACAUAAAUCAUCAACAGGAUUCAAUGAACUUCGCAUUAUAUAGUAGUGAUUGGACCGCAAUGAGUAUCAAUUAUAAAAAGAUGUUAUUAUUUACUAUGCGAAUGAAUGAUGCGGAAAAACUGAAACUAAAAAUAUCACUAAGAAAAAUAGUAAACUUAGAAAUGUUUGCAAGUGUAAUGCAUUUAACGUAUAGUAUAAUAUCGGUGCUGGCAAAAAGUUAUGGAAAUACUAAUACUAAGUAA